AUGACAAACGAGUUCGUGAUGACGGUCGGACCCAACCCCAGCAGCGGAGCCCAGCGGUCGGGAGCGGCCAUCGGCGUGUCCUCUGCGCACGGCCAUUGCAUGUUCUCCAGCUGUACCCACUUCUUCUCCCACCACUUUGUGCCAAUCUUGAUCCUGGUCGGCGUCGCUGGAGCUACCAUUCGUUGUGUCCGUUUGUCGCUAAAGUAAGGUUUUAGUAUAUUUUCUUUAUUAAGUUACGGUAUUUAUAGAGUUUGUAAAAUACGACGUAACAUCUUGUAACUCCAGAAAAACUUUUUUUUUGAAAUUCCAUAAAGCUAUGCCAAGAAUUAGUCAAACUAAGCUUAACAAAUAGUAUGUAUAAAAUGUUAGUCUACACUAAUCCUUAUACUAAUAUCGUCAUUUCAGUGCCUCAGGCAGUCCGGCAGCUCCCAGCAAUUCCAGUACUAGUACCGCAGCUCCCAACUCAUCUUGA